CCUGGCCCUUACUUGGCCCUUUCACGGCCCCUGUGUAUCUCACACACACACACACAAACUUACACUCAGCACUCAGUCAAGUCAUACUUGUGAACAGUUGCAAAGCAGCUGGCCAUGUAAAAUGACGGAAAUUUUCUAUUGUUCCUUUACACUACAUCUUUUUCUCUCAAACAACUUUUUCUUCUCCGCAGUAACAUCUGUAUGUCCAGCGUCACCAACUCGUGUAUCUUCAAGGAUAUCUUUGGCUCUUCGACCAUGAGGGAGAUAUGGUCUGAUCACGGUCGUACCGGCUACUAUCUCGAAUGGGAGGCAGCUCUUGCCAAAGUACAAGCACGGCUCGGGAUGAUCCCCCAAGAAGCAUGUGACGAGAUCGUCAGUCAAUGCCAUGUUGAAAACAUUGAUUUCGACAAGCUCAAGCAACAAACCGAACUCAUUGGCUAUCCUGUAUUGGGUGUCGUCCAGCAACUGGUCUUCCUAUGCCGCAACAACCUGGGUGAAUGGUGUCACUUUGGUGCUACUACGCAGGAUGUGACAGAUUCUGCUACUGUGCUUGCUAUCCGAGCCUCGUUUGACUUGAUCGAAGAACAUUUGGAUGCGAUCAUGGCGAGCGUUGCCGGACUUGCGGAAACACAUCGUCUGCUACCCAUGGUUGCAAGAAGCAACUUGCAGCAAGCCGUUCCCAUCACUUUUGGCUUCAAAAUGGCCCGUCUCUUGGCUACGUUACAACGUCACAAGCAACGUCUGGCACAAUUACGCGAGCGCGUGCUUACUUUGGAGUUCAGCGGGGCUGCCGGUACACUAGCAACGCUAAACCAGAACCAAGCCAUGAAGUGUCAAGAAGAACUUGCCAAAGAACUCGGACUCGCACAGCCUGAAAUCGCAUGGCAUACUGAGCGUGACAGAAUUGCUGAAGUAGGCGCUUUUCUCGGUAUGCUUACUGGCACAUUAUCCAAGGCUGCUACGGACGUCAAGUUGAUGAUGCAAACGGAAGUCGGUGAAGUAUCCGAACCGUAUAUGCCCCACCGUGGAUCCAGCUCGACUAUGCCUAAUAAGUUCAAUCCAAUCAGCUGUGCUUACAUUCAUGCAAUUGCUGGCACUGUACGACAACAAACAGCUGCAUUAAUGGAUGCCAUGGUUGAAGAUCACGAACGUUCUACUGGUCCUUGGGAAAUUGAAUGGAUUGUUUUGCCCGAAGCCUUUGUGCUCACUGGUGGAGCUCUUAAACAAGCCAAGACCUUGUUUGGUGGACUUCAGGUACAUCCAGACAGAAUGGCGCAGAAUCUGGCAAUGACUAAAGGGUUGGUGGUUUCCGAAGCUGUGAUGAUGGGCCUUGCUCCAAAGCUUGGUCGACAGACUGCACAUGAUAUCGUCUACGAUGCUUGUCGUGCUGCUAUCAAGGAGGAUCAGAUGCUUGCACACGUUCUUAAACAAAAUGCACAGGUUACCGGAGCUCUAUCCGAAGACCAGGUUAAUCAUUUGUGUGAUCCUGCCAAUUAUUUGGGAUUGAGUGGUAUUAUGGUUGAUCGUGUGCUGGAUAAUUAUAAGAGCUCACUCCGUCACUAUUAAAAUGCAAUAUCAUUGUACCAUAACAUACUACAUCCAUUAAUCGAAAAUACAAUGUUUUUCUAUCCUGUACUGUAACA